AUGCCGCUAGCGAUCGACCACGCCACGCGCGCGGCGGCGGCGUCGUUCCUCCGCGACGAAUUCCCCAAGGUGCGCCUCUCGAUCCGCGUGGCUCGUCGCAACUCCCAGAUCUGCUUACCGUGCGGAGCGCACGGCUGUGGCGGCGAGCGCGAUGAAGCCGAAGGUGGUCGUCGAGGGCACCACGAGCUGUGCGUCGCCGCUCGCCUGGGAUGGCGCUGCCGCUUGCUCGCCGCUGCUGCCUGCCCGUUCUCGCUGCAAUUGCGACGAGGCUCCGGAGCUGGCGGCAGUGGAGGACCCCGAGACCGAGUGAGUGCGGGGGCAGGGGGGCCAAGGGGCCCAGGGGCCCAGGGGGGCCAGAGAGGCGAGGCGAGUGGGGAGAGCGACCUCUGCAAGGCCGGGGGGCACGGUGUGGGAUGCGAGAGUGCUACUCGCAGCAGGGUGCUCGCGCAGCCAUGCCUGCACGGCACGCACACGUCUCUUCCCCCCCCCCUCCACCCCCACCGUCCUUGCAUGCAUGGGUUGUGCUCUUCGCUGCUCGCCAUGCCCUCGCGUGCUCACGCAGCGCCCCCUCGGUUCGCCACGCGCGUUCACACCUCUGCGCGUGUGUUUUUUCCCAUCCCCCUGUCGCUCCGCCCUGCUACUUGUCUCGUCCGCGCAGGCCCUACCGAUCCAAGUAUGCGGCCGCUGCUGCUCUGGUGCGUCUCUGCCUCACCCCGCCCUGUUCAUCCAUGCUCUCCUGCUCCGCGCCUUUCGUCUCCUCUCUCCUGCUCUUUCUCUUGCAUCCCCCGCACCUCCUCUGCUCUCUUCAUUCACCUCCUUCUGAAGCUUAUUGAUGCAUCGCGAGGCAAGGCGGAGAUGCUGCUACGGCACUUCCAGCCUGCUGCCGCGCACCACUCCACUGCUGCCGACGCUGCCGAUGCUGCACGUGAGGACGCGGCGAUGGCAGGCGAGUUGUUGGACGCGGUGGCAGUGCUGGAGUACAAGAGUGGCGCCAUCGCCGCUGACGUGGACGAGGUCACGCGCGCCAAGGGCCUGCUCAUGACCGCCCAUGCACGGCUCCAGCUCAACGAGCCCAAGCACCUGCGCCCCCUCAUUGACGUGUGCAACCUGCUGGGGCUGCUCGCCAGCAACGAUGAGGACCACAAGGCGUCCCUCGCAUUCCUUGUCAGAGCACAUAAAUACUAUCAUCACUACCUCAACAUGCAGUCGCAGGCAGCAGGGGCGGCAGCAGCAGCAGACGCAAUGGAGGAGGGGGGCGGGAGUGAGCCAAGGGGGGAGGAGGAGGCGAGGGAGGUGGAGUCCCUGCACACCAUCACCACGUUCUACCUCGCUCAGACAGCGCUGGCGGCCAUGGGCAAGAAGCAGCGCGCGGCGUCCUUCUGUGCCGCCACGCUCACGCGCCAGCUGCGCCUGAGGCAGCAGUUCCGAGCGUGGGACUGGGCGCAGAACUGCGCGCAGCUGGCGGGGUACUACCUGGGCCGCGACCACUUCAGCACGGCACUGCACUGCCUCGCCGCUGCUGCCACCGUGCUCGCCCGCCACACGGCAGGGCAGCCCGUGCUGCCGGGAGGGAAUGGGGGGGACGUGGGGGGCGGAGGGGGAGAGGCAAGCGGGGGCGAGGAGGAGCAGGUGCGGGAGGUGGCGGCGAACAUCAACAUCGGCAUCGGCAAAGUGCACCUGCGAGUGCUGCAGCGGUCAGUGGAGCUGGACGCAGCCCAGCCUGACGCCUCCCCUGCUGCCCCCGCCACCGCCACCGCCACGCCCACGCCCACCCCCGCCGCUGCCACCGCCACCAGCAGUGCCAGUGCAGCCACAGGCAGCGAUGCCCCUGCUGGCCCUGCCCCCUCGGGCGCUGGUGCGGCAGCGGGGGGCAUGGACGUGGACGGGGGGGGGCGGGAGGGGCAGCAGGAGGGCGAUGUGGACAUGGGGGAGGGUGUGGAGGAGCGCGAAGGCGAGGGCGGAGAGCGGUGGGCGGGCGAGGGCGACGUGGACAUCGCCCUGGGACCUGACUUCUCCCUGCUGGGACUGGACCCGAAAGCUGACACAUGCGCUCGCAUGCUGGCGGAUGGGGGGGAAGCAGGGGGGCAGAAGGGGGUGGAGGGCGAGGGGGAUGUGGUGCGGGAGUAUGCGCACGCAGUGAUCCACUUCAACAAGGCCAUGACCGCCUUCAAGACCGCGCUUGAGGUGUACACGAGCACAGAGCGCUUCUCAGACCACUUUGACAUCGCCAUGGACAUCAGCACGCUGCACCGGUACCUGGCGUACUUUGAGCCCAGUGCGCACAGGGCAGCGCUCAUCCACCAGCGCCGCGCCACGCGCCUGCUGCCCCUUGCCGCCGCCAUCAACCCCUCCGUCUACCCCGCCCAGGCCGCUCAGUGCGUGCACGAGGUGGCGUCCAUCGCACUCAACGCCAUGGAGCUGGAGGCGGAUGCAGCACGGCCCGCGCCCAAGAUCAUCGACCCGGCCAAGCAGGCGAUUCAGUACUUUGAGCGCUUCAUCACUCUCAUGCAAUCCUCCAACCCCCAGGGGUCAGACGAUGUGCGCUUUGUGUACGCGCACUUCCACAUCGCGCGCACGCACUACCGCAUCUGCACUCUGCUGCCGCCCCAAGACGGCAAGGAUCAUCUGCAGCACAGCCUCAACUACUUCAGGCCCAUUCUGCACUUUCUCCGCGAUCCACGAUGCUCCAUCCAACAAUCCCGCCCCACCUCCUCGCCUGUCAAGCGUGUUUCAUCGUCGCCCUCGCGGUCCUUCCUCUCGUUUCCGUCCCAUCGCUCUCCUCCCAUUCCCCGCCAUCGCCUCGGCGCCGCUUUCGUCCCGCGUCCAGUGCUCUCCGCUCUUCCCAGCAGCCCCGUUCUGCGCACCCCACAGCUCUCCGCUUUCCGCCACUCGCCUCUACUAGCCCCGCGUGCUCAUUCCCCGCGCUCUUUUCCGCGUCGUUCGCCUCCGCUCCCAGGCAUGACUGUCGCCGCCCUCUGCCCCUGUUGCGCUGCCGCGGCAGUCGAGGCCACAAGCAUUCGUACGAGCGGAAGCGGGCAGAGCCGGAGGCGGGCGGCGGUGCGCGUGCAGUCAGCGCGGGAAGCAACCCCCGACGGUCCGCUCUUCCGCGCGCCCGCUCAGAAGAGCCGCCUCCCCCCCGUGAACUCGCCGGGGGCGGGGGAGCGCCAGUUGCGCGCACUGGCGGAAGGGACGCGGCAGGGGGGUUUGGGGAGAUUCGGCAGGCGGAGAGAUGGGGGGGGGCGGGAGGUUUCCGCAGAUGACUACGCGGCAGUGGAGGCGUGGUGGUGGGGGGAGAGAAGCGCCAACGCGGAGCACACACGCGGAGAACCAUGGGCGGAAGAGGGGCGGGAGGACGGGGGGAGAAGGCGGAAGGAAGCCAGGGAGGGGGAGCAGCGGACGAGGGAAGGGGAUGAGACUGAGGGUAGUCAAAAGAGAGAAGCUGAAAGGGGGAGGUUGAAAUUACGAGUGGGCGAAUGCUCGGGGGCAGUGAAGGGCGAUGGGUGGGGGGAGGAGGGGGCGCAGGGGCCGUUAAGAGAGGGGGGAAUGCGCGGAACUCAGGCGCCUGUGGCACGGCGAAAGGAUCGCACCAGCAGGCAGAAAAGCUUCCAUCGCGUUGACCCUGAUGCUGACGUGGCACGGCGACGAAGGGGAUCUGCGCCCGCCAGGGAGCCGUUUGUAGGGAGCAGCGUGCGCAAUGGGCGGGUGGCGCGAACUUUGCGCGCAAAUAGCUUCGAAGCGCGGGGGAGUGGGUGGGGGGAAGAAGGCGCUGCGCUGGGCGCGGCGCAGGGCAUGGUGGCGGAAGCGAGGGCGGAAGGGCGGUCGCCGGAGACUUCACCAGAGGGGUUUUGGGACAGUGGGGAUGAGGGGGCGGGGGAGUAUGAGAGGAGGGGGAGUGUGCGCGCACGGGAAGGCGGCGAUUGUGGCAGCGCGGGCCCUAGCCGGGGGGCAGGAGAGAGGGGGGUGGGUACGGGCGCAGGCGGCGGGGUAGCUGGUGAAGGGGACGCACGCAAUGGCCCCGCCUUGCGCCCCAUGCAGCCCAGGCGCCAACAGCGGCAGGGGCGGGCAGCGCCACCGCCCCACCGGCGCGCCACGCGCAGGCUGCAACCAGGGGAGGUGCGGUCGCUGGCGCGGCAGCUGCACUCCUCCGCGCGAUGUGUUGCUGACGUGGACGCCAUGCUGGCUGCGGCUCUGGGCGAGGGGGGGGAGGGACUGGGGGGAGGCGCAGAGGCAGAGGGGCGCGGGGAGGGCGGGGCGAGACCAGCAGCAGGACGCGGGGAGAGGGAGGGCGGGGGGAAGGGGGGAGGGGGCGUGUGGGUGCGCAGUGGGGUGGUGGUGGCGGUGAUGCAGGCGCUGGCGGACUUGCACUCGUGGCGCGCUGCCCUGCUGCUAUGGCAGUGCUGGCGCGGGUCCCCAGCGUACCAGCGCAGUCCGCACGUGCUGUGCGCGCUGCUCGCCCUGCUCGCGCGCUGCAACCGCCUGCGCCACGCCCUCGCCGUGUUCCGCGCCGUGCAGCACGAGGAGAGCACACAGGGCGAGGGGGAGGGGGAGGGGGAGGGGGAGAGCGAGGGGGAGGGGGAGUGUGGAGGCGGGGAUGUAGGGAAUGACAAGGCGGGGGUGGGUGUGCGGGAGCAGGCGCAGGGCAGAGGCGGCAGCAGCAUGGACACAGCGGUGUACAACGCGGUGAUAUGUGCGUGUGGCAGGGCGGGCAGGCCCGACACGGCAGUGGCGCUGCUCACCGAGAUGGUGGAGCGCUGCACCCCUGCCACCCCUGCCACCCCUGCUAGCCCUGCUAGCGCCGCUCACAGCAGCAGCAGCAGCAGCAGCAGCAGCAGCAGCAGCAGGAUGGGACUAUCCCCGCAGCCCACUGCGAGCCCUAGCCCUGCACUCUCCCACUCGCCCCCUGUGCCGCACACCACCUCGCAAGACAGCACCUGGCGUGGCAGCACGGGCCGGAGUGGGCAGGGCGGGAGUGCCAGCAAGGGGACCCCGAGGCGCGGGUUCUGGCCGAGCCAGGCGACGUUUGGUGCGGUGAUGCACGCGCUGUGCAAGGCGGGGCGCGUGGGGCAAGCGGAGGCGCUGCUGCCCGUGAUGGCGCGCGUGCACGUGCGCCCCAACGCCAUCAUCUUCAACACCCUGCUCUCCGCCGCCGCUGCUGCCCUCACCCCGCCCGCUGCCGCUGCUGAUGUCUCUACUUCCCUUGAUCCUGCCCUUGACAUAGACCAAUGGGGGAGCAUUGGCAGCAGCAGCAGUGGGGGGGCGCGGGGCAGUGAUGCGGUGGGGCGAGUGCAGCGGGUGCUGGCAGCGAUGCGAGCAGCGGGUGUGGCGCCUACAGCUGCGACGGUGACGGCUGUCAUGGCUACCCAUGCCGCCAGGGGCGAUGAUGAGGCUGUGCUGCACCUGUGGGACGCUGUCACCAGGGGGGGGUGGGAACAGGGGUGUGGGGCAGGGGGGGCUGGGGAAGGGGGAGGCGCGGAAGCAGCGAGCAAGGAGGGGAGCGGGGAGGGCGGAGAAGGGAUGCAGGACGGAUGGUGUGUGAGUGCAGCAGACGCCCCUGCGGCAGGGGACGCAUCGGCAGAAGCAGCAUGUGAACCCGAUGCAGCACCAGCAGAGCAGGCGCGGUGCAUGGUGGGUGGGAGGCAUGCGGCGGUGGUGCCAGAUGCGCCGAUGGUAACGCUUGUGCUGGGCGCCAUGGCUCGCCUGCGCCUCGUUCCCGCCGCCGAAGCCCUCUGGGCGCUUGCUGAGGCUUCCCAGCCGCGUGUGGUGCACAACACAGGUGGUGCUGGGGGGGAUGCAGGGGAGGGGCGGCAGGGAGGAGAGCGGAGUGCAGAGGAGGGAGGGGUUGGGGAGGUGGAAGGGUAUGUGUGGCGGAGCAAGAGGGAAGGCAGGCGAGCAAGGUGGGAUGGUGGAGUUGCGAGGCGGGAGGGUGGUGACAGAAGGGGAGGGGAUUCUGGGGGGGAGAGUGAGUCAGGCGCGUGGCAGAGGAGCAGAGAGCAAGACAGGGAUGGUGGUGGGGGGGUGGGCAAGGCAGCCUGGGGCAGGUUGGAUGGCAUGGCAGCAGCAGCGAUGGUGGGCGUGUAUGUGGCGGCGGGUGAUGUCUACCAUGCCAUGCACUUCCUCCUCUCUGCUGCUGCUGCCCGCCUGCUGCCAACGCCUGCCAUGGCCCUUGCACCGCGUGCACCCGCACAAGCACCACCGCUGCCACACUCACCUGCACCUGCCACAUCAGCUCCAUCCGCACUCCCGCCCUCCCCACCUGCUGCUGCUGCCCCUGCUGCUACUUCUACUGCUGCUGCUGCUGUUCCACGACCUGCCAUGUCCCCAACGGCGCUGAACAUGGUGCUGGCGGCGCUGCAGCAGGCGUCGCUGCUGCGCCACAUGGAUGCGCUGCUGCUCUGCUACCUGCACUCGCCCUCGCCCGCCCUCAUCCCCCCCCACCCCGCCUCUCUCGACUCUCCUCACGCUGCCCUGCCCUCUCAGCGCCGGCACUGUGAGCAGAUGCAGAGGGAGCAGGGGGAGCGUGCAGGGGCUGUGGCAGAGGCAGGUGGAGUGGGGCCACUCGACCCUGCUGGCAGCUCAUGCCUCCCCAUGCCCUCCCACCCCCCCUGGGCUCGCCUGCCCUGGGAUUGCCCUCACUGCUUGCGCCGAGGGGCAGCAAGAGCAGCGGUGCGGAGGGGCUGGGGUAGAGCAGGCAACGGGUGGUUGGAGGAGUGGGAAGGGGAGUAUGGUGUGAGGGUGAGUGGUGGCGCGAAGCAGAGGAGUGGGGCGGCAGCACGAGGGACGCUAGUGGGAGGGGGUGGGGACGAGCACGGGGCGGUGGGUGGCGGUGCAGAGUGCUGCUGCUGCAGCAGCAGUGGCGUGGUGGUGAGCAAGGGCACGUGUGAGGUGAUGGCACAGGGGUACGGCAGGGCAGGCAUGCAUGAGCGGGCAGCAGCAGUGGUACAGUACAUGGAGGAACAGGGGUACAGAAUCGCCCCUCACCUCCUGCCAUUGCCGCCACAGGACUAG